ACACAAAUGUCAGAGGAUCAAUUACGGCAGGUUUUUCACGUGAGAUCUUCUGAUCAAGUUCCCGAAUAUGAAUUGGUCACGAUAUCGCACACGGCUGGGCAUGAUGCCUCUGAUGAGGCAGCGAAACGUCAACUGAAUCUCUCUCUACAAGCGUUCGGGAAACGGAUAAAACUCAAUCUCUCGAAAAACGAAGAUUUCCAACGGAGAGUCGAGGGCCUGAAAAUGUUCACCAUGUCGACGACUAGCCGAGGAGGGGUCGAAAUUCGCGCGGCCGACGAUUCGAAUUCCGAAGAACGUUCUUCGCCUGUCACGCCGUACGUGGACGAAGCCAAUAACGCUGCCUUGUUGUUGAGUCGAUAUCCUGCCGGCGGGUUCCAAGUCGAAGGAACGGUUGGCCACGACCUAGUGAUUGCUCCAGUUCCCGAAGGCCUUCGUAAUGAGACCUUUUACGAUGAGGAAGAAGGAACAGCCGACGACGAGAUGUUCCUCGAUGAAGACGAUUUCCAGACGACAUCGUCUUCGGUCCCCACGUCGCCGAGCAAAAAACCGAAAAAAUCGAAGAAUCCUAAGAAGUAUCUCCCGGGAAUGGAGAAGAAACAGAAGCUCAAGAAAUACAAAUCUUCAAAAGAAUCGAAAUCUGUCCAUUUUGUCUAUAAACGAGACCCUCAAGGAGUCCACGACGCGCACAGCGAUUUCCUAUCUCUAGACACAUUAGCCUUAUCAAACAAUCAUACGAGAACUCAUCGGAUCCGGAAGCGGGCCGCUCCUGACACGGUGUGGCCCGAAGUUCUUCUCAUCGUGGACUACGAUACGUACGCGUUGCAUGGGAGAAGCCACGCCGAAAUUAAGCGUUACUUCGUCAGUUUCUGGAACGGCGUCGACCUCCGCUACAGACUCUUGGCGAGUCCUCGGGUCAAAAUCAGCUUGGCCGGCAUGAUCGUCGCCAAAGACCGCGACGCGACUCCUUACCUCGAACGCAAUCGUCUUCGGCCGCCCAACGAGGACGCGGUCGAUGUCGCCGGGGCUCUCACCGAUCUCGGGAAAUAUCUCUAUCGGGAAGAUCGGCUGCCCACUUACGACCUGGCAGUUGUCAUCACGAAACUCGAUAUGUGCCGACGCCACUACGAAGGAGGACGAUGCAAUAGAGGAACCGCCGGUUUCGCCUACGUCGGUGGAGCUUGCGUCGUUAACAAACGACUCGAGAAAGUGAACUCGGUCGCGAUCAUCGAAGAUUCGGGAGGUUUCUCGGGCAUCAUUGUUGCCGCUCACGAAGUUGGACAUUUGUUGGGUUGCGUGCACGACGGCUCCCCGCCACCUUCCUACCUCGGAGGUCCUGGAGCUACCAGCUGUCCCUGGGAAGACGGUUUCAUCAUGUCAGAUCUCCGUCAUACCGAGAGAGGAUUCCGCUGGUCAACUUGUUCGGUGCAGCAGUUUAAGCAUUUCUUAUUCGGAGAAACUGCGUCGUGUUUAUACAACUAUCCUCAUGAGAAUCAACUGUUGGCGCGAGUGCUGCCAGGCACCAUGCUCUCCCUCGACGAACAGUGUCGUAGAGAUCGAGGGACGAGCGCGUGCUUCAAAGACUCGAGAGUGUGUGCUCAGCUGUUCUGUUUCGAUUCUUCGUCUGGUUAUUGCGUAUCCUACAGACCUGCGGCGGAGGGCUCCCCGUGUGGCGACGGUCAAGUCUGCAAAAACGGCAAAUGUAUCCAAGAAAUCGAAAACAUUAUCCCGGAUUACUCACAAGUAUCAGCCAGCGUGGCUUCUCCAGCAAACAGAGUCGAGAGCACCCGAUCAUCCCGUCGAUUGGAUUCAUCCUUCGAAACAUCGUCUACGAAACGAACCAGAGGGAGAUCCCGGACGACGACGAUUCCAACAACGACAGUGGCAGCCGUGGCGGACCGCCGGAUCGACAAGGUUGACUCCACUGAAGAAACGGAGUGCAUAGACGUUGUUGAGAAAAUUGCGGAUCGCAUGACAUGCGCUGAGUUCCUAGAACAUUUCGGCCAACGAUACUGCAGCCACAAUUAUAUCCGAACGAACUGCUGUUACACGAGGUCUCUUAUGUGCACUGUGUGA